AUGGUUAGUCAGUUGAUUGAUAAUAGGCAACUUCAGUUGGUUUUGUUUUGGCUGGAAAAUGAUGCAGCAUGGUUAAGUCAGUUAAUUGAUAAUAGGCAACCUCAGUUGAUUCUGUUUUGGCUGGAAAAUGAUGCAGCAUGGUUAAAUUCAAAUUUCAGUAACUGGAAUUGUGGAACUGGUUCAGUUUUAGAUUACUGGAAUUGUGAGUUUCUGCUUCAGGUUUCUUUUCUCUGCAAUUCAACUUUCGCAACUGCAAUAGAUAUCAUUGAUCAUAAUGGUGAAACUUCUGACGCUGAAAUGAUGGUUGACACAAAGCAAGGACUUGCAUUUCAUGGUUAUGAUGAAUCCCAUGAUUCAAGCAACCAAGGGAAUUUUCUCAAGCUUCUACAAUUUCUUGCUAAUCAUAAUGAAGAUUACAAUGUUGUUGCUUUCAAGAAUGCUCUUGAUAAUCUCAAGUUGACAUCACCUGAGAUUCAAAAAGACAUUGUAAGUGUUGCUUCAAAUGAAACUGUAAGUGCUAUCAUUAGAGAUUUAGGAGAUUCAUUAUUCGCUAUAAUGAUUGAUGAAUCUCGUGAUAUCUUUAGGAAGAAACAAAUGGCUAUUAUCUUAUGUUAUGUUAACAACAAUAGACUUGUUGUGGAGCGUUUUCUAGGUGUUGAACACGUUACUAUUAGCUUUGUGGCUUUGGCAAAGAACCAUGAUGAUGUUAAUGAUCUUUUUAAUGUCGUGGCAAUUGUGGUUAAUAUUGUCGGUGCUUCAUCAAAGUGUUGCGAUCUUCUUAGAGAUAAACAAGCUUGUAAAGUUAUUGAAACUCUUUCUAAUGGUGAACUUUCAAGUGGAAAAUGUCUCAAUCAAGAGACUAAUCUGCAACGUGCCAAUGAUAAGCAUUGGGGCUUGCAUUAUGGUAUGUUAAUGAGCAUAAUCUUGAUGUUUUCAUCGAUUAUUGAUGUUCUUGAAAUUGUGGCGAAAGAUGGGUCAAACUCUGAGCAAAGAUUUCAUGCAAAAAACAUAUUUAAAUUGAUGCAAUCAUUUUACUUUGUGUUUAGUCUAUUUUUUAUGAAAGAUAUACUUGGCUUUACAAAUGAACUUUCUCAAGUACUACAAAGAGAAGAUCAAGUUAUUGUAAAUGCUAUGAAUUUGGUUGAAGCAUGUAAGCAAGCUUUACAAUUGAUGAGGGAUAAUGGAUGGGAGACUUUAUUAAGCAAAGUUUAUUCUUUUUGUGCCGAUCAUGACAUUGAUGUUCCUAAUAUGGAUGACAAGUUUUUUAUUCAAGGGCGAUCACAACGUAAGGCUCAAGCUAUCACAAAUGUGCAUUAUUACUGCAUUAAAUUAUUUUAUAAUGUCCUAGAUAUGCAGCUUCAAGAGUUGAAUAAUCGUUUCAAUAAGAAAUUGAUACGCCUUGCCGAACUUUAUCCUGAUGAGUUUUCUAACUUAGAACUCAUGGCACUUGAUUCUCAACUUCAUGUUUACAUUUUAGAUAUACACUCUAAUGUCAAAUUUAUGGGAUUGAAAGGAAUUGGAGAUCUGACAAAAAUGAUGGUUGAAACUAAGAAGGACAGAGUGUUUCCAUUAGUUUAUUUGUUGAUGAAAUUAGCAUUGAUUCUACCCGUUGUCACUGCUAGUAUAGAGAGAUGCGAUGAAGUAUCUAAGAUGGGGAAGACUUCUACACCAAUUGAGUUCCAGGUUUAA